UGAUCACCUCGGAUCGGCCAUGGCUGACUCGGUGGACGGCCAGCUGCGACAGACUUUGCGGGCGGCCCGGAGUCGCUGCCUGCGAGGGGUCAAGGCCAUUGUUACGAAGAAGUCCUCCAGCGAGGAGCGCUAUGCACUGGCACUGGCCAAUUCCAUGCCGGAUGAGGGCGAAACUUUGGACAAGGAGUUUGCGCGUUGUGUGCAAGGUUUGUUGGAGCCUGAUAAGCCCAGCUUCCUGUUGUUCCGUGCAGAUGUCAGCGAAAACAUCGAUGGUCGCUGGCUGUUGUUGGCCUGGCUGCCGGAUGUGGUUCCGGAGGUGGAACGGCUGAGGUACGUUCGCAGCCGCAACCUCUUGGCGGAUCAGCUGCCGCAGCCCUUCUUCCUCCGGGAGCUGCUGCUGCGUGAAGCCCAGCAGCUGCUGUGGUCCCGUGCCGCACAGGCGCUGCGUGGCGGCGAUGCGGAGACCAUGGCGCCCAGGCUCCCGCCGCGUCAGGAAGCGGCCGAGGGACCCGUGCGCUUGUCCCAGGCAGCACAAAGUUUGUUGCAGCGCAUGGCAAGGCGAGAAGAAAGCUGUUUGAAGUUGAUCUUCUCGGGUCGCUUCUCCUUGAAGCAGAUGAAGACUUUGCCCACCAUCGUGGAACAACUCUCCGCGGCCUCGCAGACAGGUCCACAGCUGGAAGCCAAAGCCGUGGACUGCCGCAGUCCCUCGCAGUUGGCCAAGGCGGAACUGCCCUCGACCUCCUGUUACUUUGCUCUAUUUUCGCGCGAGGACCUCGUCUUCGUUCAUUGGUGUCCGGACCGGAUGAGCCGAGAUCACUUCACCCGGAUGAGGGACGACUCGAGAUAUGCGGUGUUGAAACCCGCCGUCGUGAGACUGGUGAUGGACGCAUUUGAUCCGCAGGUGCGUCUCCUGCAGGUGGACGCCAGAGAGGCGCAGGAGUUGGUGGACCAUGCGAACCGCGCGGACGAACGCAUGGUGGCGGAUGAGCUGGGCAGCAAGGUGCUGGUGCCCCAAGGUGCAGCGGCCCCCAGCGGCGACUGCAAGUUCCCCGACAAGGGUGCCAAGGCAGACUGGCCGUUGGAUUGGCCCAAGGAAGUCACCACUCCUGUGGCCAUGCCGGCCAACCUCUGCUUCUUCCUGCGACCUGUGCCAUAUUGGCGCGGCGGCAGCAAGGAACACACCAUCAAUCCCAAUGCACAAAAUGUGCAGAACCUGAGGUCCAAAUUAGCACGAAAAUCUCUGAGAGAUCAAUUGUAAAA